AUUCUACUAACGGCUUUUGACAUUGUUCGUUAUGUCGUAUUUCAUUGUCGUUAUCGUGAGUCGAGAUAUGCAAAUUGGUCUGGUAAAAAGGGGGUUGGUGUAUGCAAAAGAUGUUCCAGUUACAAUGGUUGACGACAUGAACGCUACUAAGCGGGUUUGGAUUGUUGGGUGUGAAAGUGAAAGGGGGCAACGAAUGUGCAAGGGGGUACGGUUGGUUGUGUUUAUCGGGAUCCUUUCAAUGAAAUUUGUGCUACUCCGAAUUGUCGUGUACAGAUUAAUACUGAAUUGGCAGUCAGAUAAAAAAUAUUUUCUUGAUUAUCGUUUUCUCAGUGGGGGAACUAUACUUAGCUAUUAAUUUGGAUUACUGAAGAAUUCGUUACUAUUGAUUACAUUAUAAAAAUAAAUUUUUUUUAUUAAGAAUCAAACACAAGAUGUACAAUUUAUUGUGUACCGAAAUUGUUUUAUUGUAUAUAAAUAUUUAAGUGGCUUUUUAAUUUUGGAGGGUAUAAGCAGUUUCCGCUCAGAAACCCAACAAUUCAGCCUUCCGUUACUUUUUCAACUCCAAUGCGAUGUCAAACAAACGAAAACAAAUCGAGACCUGACGUGAUAACGAAUAACCGCAAACGGCUGUUGCCAACUGAAUUUGUAUUGUUCGGUUGUUCAAUAAAUGUACAUAAUUUGAAGGACCCAUUGGUGAGCAAUUUAGAUGCGCUAUGCCUUGUUCAUCAUAUCCCAAAACAAUAAGCGACGAGGAGGAGUCAUCAAUGUCAACCCACGUAGUUCACAUUGUUGGCUUCGACGAGCAAGUUGGCUUGAAGCGGGUUAAGCGGUCUAUUAUCCCGUCUGUCGGCUGUCGUCUUGAUGCCGUCAAAUUUUACAAAGGCCUGAGGCAUGUGCUCCUCUGUCGGCUUGGUUGUAGAGGGCGUUGCGCUGGGCGGUGGAAGCCAGUUUUUUCCCCGGAUGACCAUGAAAAAAGAGUACAAUACAAAGUGCUUUUGGCCGGAUCGCUUUUGUCACGAAGUAGCCAACCACUAUAGGGAUUACAAGUUACAGCACCAUUUGCAGCAGCAGCUUGGAUCUGGAUGUGUAUCCCGAAAUUUAGGACAUCGGCGACGAAAGAGGAUACCCUCGGUGAAAAAAUCUCGGGUUCCCGCCUUAUUAGCGUCAGGAUAUGCGCAGUUUCGCGAUGUGUUGCCAACUCAUGUGCACUACUUUCCCAGAUCCGACGAUACUACGUAUGCGUCCCGCAGCCGACGGUCAGUGUGCUCUGGUAAACCUUCGGACGAGACCUACAACGACGCCGUGCGUCGGAUAAGAAGUGCUCAAAGCUGCGAGCAGCUACGUCACCUGGUCCACCGGAUUCCAUGGGGAAGGAACAGCAAAAUCGGCACCAGUGAUGAGGUGCCGGUGGCCUCAGCGCACGGAAGCCAAACCAGCGACUGUGGCCGUCUCAAUUAUAAGAUAAAUAUUAAUAACCGUUGCGCGGAAAGCCCACAACAGAAACUACCAGUGAAUUUCUACGGUUAUUUGCAACUGGGCAGCAGCUAUUACGAACGGGGGUUGCAGGCUAACAUAAAGUACCUGCAAUCGAUUGGCCAGCGACAGCGUAAUACAAUAAGGCCGGCGACGGGCUUACUCUUCGACGAAGUGCAGCGUGACGAGAGUCCGGUUCAAAAGUUGGCCAGUCGACUGGUGACGUUGCUCAAGGCCAAGAAAAAAGCGGACGACCCCGGCAUUUGGGUGAACAUAAGAACAGUGAAGCAAAAGGAUCUAGCAGAAAAGCAAUGCUCGGAUGACAACUUGGACUUCAACUCAGAGCUGGAAUCGAACACAGCUGAUCAGCUUACUAGCAUGUGUGAUUAUUAUAAGUUCGAUUGUACAACUUCAGAAUUAGAUGAACCAACUAUAGAACACACAUUAAAAACCACACAGACUGCAGCAACUAGCGAAGCUGCUGUCCAAGUCGCACUUACAUCCGCCGACCAACGACGUCUCUAUGAGAUCAUCGACAAUCUAAGCUACCUGAGUAUUGGGGAGAACAAUUGCCGCAGGAAGCAACUGACACUGACCCUGCCCCAGAUUACGCUCACUGACUGCACCGCUCAACAGGUGGCUCUACAUAGCACCAGCUUCGACAUUGUUACACUGCAGAUACCCAAUGAAGCCAGACCACCGAACCUUGAUCUGAAAGCGACAUAGAAUCAAUAUAUAUAAAUACAAUCGACAAUUAAAUCGAAUGAAAUCGCA